AUGGUGGAGUCAGGGAGACCCAAGCACAGUUUGGGCAAGUGGCCUCGAGGGCCAGGGGUGCAGGCAGGGAGGAGAGGCGGAGGGGGGGGUGGGGGGGUGGGGGGGGGGGGGGGGGCGGAGAGGAGCACACUGCAGCCCAGCAGCCCGCCAGCCUCACCGAGCGCUCUGUGCCCGCAGCUGGUGUACCCCAGUGACUUCCAGCUCACGGACAAGGAGAAAAGCAGCAUCUGCUACCUGUCCUUUCCUGACUCCCACUCAGGCUGCCUCGGGGACACGCAGUUCAGCUUCCGAAUCCGUCAGUGUGGAGGGCGGAGGAGCCCCCGGCCCACCGACGACAGGCACUACGACCGCGAGGCCCCCGUGUCCCUACAGAGGGAGUCCGCACACUACUUCGGCUACGUGUACUUCCGGCAGGUGAAGGACAGCUCCGUGAAGAGGGGCUACUUCCAGAAGUCUCUGGUGCUGGUGUCCCGCCUGCCCUUCACCCGGCUGUUCCAGGCGCUGCUGAGCCUGAUCGCCCCCGAGUACUUUGACAAGCUGGCGCCCUGCCUGGAAGCAGUGUGCAGUGAGAUUGACCAGUGGCCGGCCCCGGUGCCUGGGCAGACCCUGAACCUGCCAGUCAUGGGCGUCGUCCUGCAGGUACACGUCCCAUCCAGGGUGGACAAGCCUGAAGCCAGUCCUCUGAAGCAGUGUGGCCAAGAGAACCUGCUGCCGGCCCCGCUGGUGCUCACCAGUGUCCACGAGCUGGACCUGUGCAGGUGCUUGCAGCCUGUGCUGAGCCACGUGCAGACGCUGUGGGAGCUCAUCUCCUCCCUCUCUCUCUCUAGACCUAACGUGGUCCUGGGGGUCACCAACCCUUUCUUCAUCAAAACUCUCCAGCACUGGCCCCACAUUCUCCGUGUCGGGGAGCCCAGGAUGUCAGGGGGCCUCCCUAAGCAGGUCAAGCUGAAAAAGCCCUCAAGGCUGAAAACCCUUGACACCAAACCAGGUGUGUGCCCCUCGGACGAGCCCCUCCUCUCCUUCCAGGACCCAGGCGAGCACUACAUGGCCAGCCUCAUGCCCCUGCGGAAGAGCAUCACGCCCUGGAAGACCCCUCCCCAGGUCCGCCCCUUCCACCAGGAGGACUUCCUGUGCAGCCUGGAGCAGGCGGGGCCCCAGCUCACCUGCGUCCUCAAGGGUGACUGGCUGGGUCUCUACAGGCGGUUCUUCAAGUCCCCCAACUUUGACGGCUGGUACCGGCAGCGGCGCAAGGAGAUGGCCCAUCAACUGGAGGCCCUGCACCUGGAGGCCAUUUGUGAGGCGAACAUGGAGACCUGGAUGAAGGGCAAGUCCGAGGUGGAGGUCGUGGACCUGGUCCUGAAACUUCGGGAGAAGCUGGUGCGGGCACAGGGCCACCAGCUCCCUGUGACGGAGGAGACGCUGCAGCAGGCCCGGCUGUACAUCGAGACGGCCAUCGGCUCCCUGCCCAAGGACCUGCAGGCCGUCCUGUGCCCUCCCUAGGACAGGCCAGAGGGUGUGGUCCGGGCCUUCGUGCCGGGGCCUGGAUCUGGCUGAGCUUCCCUCUCUCCAGGGAGGGCGGCCCAGCCAAACAGGAGCACCGACCAGGCUCCCUGCCGACCAGGCUCCCUGCCGUUCUGGUCCCGGCCCCGUCCAGCACCUCUGUCCCAGCAGUAAAGUGGGCUUUGGAGCCUUAGCCUCAGCCCUGCCUGUUGACGGUCAUGUGUUGGCUGGAGCCUCCCCUCCCCCUGGGCCCCACCUGCCGGCUGCAGGGCUGCCAGCUGGGGUGGGGGUGGGGGGGCUGGCUGUGAGCCCUCCCUGCUUGGGGCCUGGGGCCCUGCCCCCCGCCAGGCACCCGUCUGCCGAGUCCUGAAAGGCCCCAUGCGUUGCGUUUGAUGUGUCCUUCAGCCCCACCCGGCUGCCCAGCUCAGGACAGGAACAGGCAGCUGACAGGCAGCCCCUCCUCACAGGGCCCACCCACCCACUCGCCUGGGACCUGGGACGGGGACCCCUCGCCCACGGUCCUUGGCCUCCUGAUUGCUGGUUUCUUGAGAGGCCACUAGGGGGCAGUGUGGGACCCAGCCAUGGGCUCCCACCCUCCAGGCAUUGUCCCAGGUCCUGUCCCUGGAGUAAU